AUGUCGACAUCUCCUGAGCCUUGUCCGACAAAUGGACACCACUCGGAUCUCGCUGCCGACUCAAACAGCCCGGCCAUGAAUGGCCACAGAAGUGAUAGUGACCUAUCGGAUGCUGCCGAAGCCGAAGUUGAAGUCCAAAUGUCAUCGCCGGAAUCCGAACCGGAGUCCCCGAACCCUAGACAAGACGCCGACGAUGUAGACGAUCACGAAGUCUCGGAAGCAAGUGACAACGACGCUUCCGAGGACGGUGAUUUCGAUGCUGCAGAAAGCCCUGCCUCCGCCAGGGUACACGCGCAACAAAGCGAGGGAUCCUCGUCAGCCGGUUCCCGCCGCAAUGCGAAGCGCAAGGCUGCCGGCGCGCUCGAGGAGGACUUCAUGAGGGAGAAUCCUGAGUUAUAUGGGCUGAGGCGAAGUAAUCGCCCGACCCAGCGCAGAAAAAUAGUCGAUUCCGACGAAGACGACGUUGACGGUGAUUCUGAAGAUGAAGUAGUGCCAGCAGCGCGUAAAGGUCCCAAAAAGCGACGCGUCGAGCGCUCACAACCAUCCUCCAAAAGAGACACUCCGUUGCGAACCACUUCCGCCGACGCGUCCGACUCGGACAAUUAUGGAGGCGCCCGUGCCAGGAGCUUUCAGAAGAAGGCUCGUCGCCAGCAGGAGGCACAAGCUUACCAAGAGAAGAGGUGGUCCAGCCGAAGAGCCGCUCAAGUCUCCGCAGGAGCCUACAAUGAAAGUGAGGUCGACGAUGCAGAAGAUAUUGAGGAUCUCACGCCAAACUAUUGGGCUGCCGAGGUCGAAGACAAUUCCCCUUACAUCGAAAAGAUACUCAAGCAUCGAAAGAAGGAGGACGUCGAGCUGUCCCCGCACUCGACACGACACGAUUUCGAGUACUACAUCAAAUGGCAAGGCAAAUCGCACAUGCACAACACCUGGGAAACAACAGCAAGCGUCCAUGGCUGUCGGGGAUUUCGAAGACUGGAAAACUACUUCCGCAAAGUCGUCGAGUACGAGCUUGACAUGACGUUCGGUGAAGACGUCAGCCCGGAAUUGAAAGAACAGUGGGCACUAGAUCGCGAGCGAGACCAGGAUGCUUAUGACGAUUACACCAAGGUCGAAAGGAUUGUUGCCGUGCGUGAUGGCGAGGGCCAAAAAGAGUACCUGGUCAAAUGGAAGGGCCUCCAGUACGACGAGUGUACAUGGGAGCCUUCUGAUCUGAUCAGUUCCGAGGCAGGGGACAAGAUAGAUCAGUUUACCACGCGCUCGCGCCGGUCGUGGCAAUCCGACCGCAAGGAGUCCAAUCCAGAUACGCGCUCCAGGAUGACGAAAAUGGAGACCCAACCCGAUUACAUACAGAAUGGCGAGCUCCGAGAGUUUCAGCUGAAGGGCCUAAACUUCCUGGCGCUGAACUGGGCCCGUGCCAACAAUGUCAUCCUCGCUGACGAAAUGGGUCUGGGUAAAACAGUACAGACCGUGUCGUUUCUCAGCUGGCUUCGCAACUCAAGGGAGCAGGAAGGCCCCUUUCUGGUUGUGGCACCUUUGAGUGUCAUCCCUGCCUGGUGCGACACAUUCAACAACUGGUCCCCAGAUCUCAACUACAUUGUUUACCUAGGCCCCGAGGCAGCUCGCGCUACCAUCCGCGAGCAUGAGUUGCUCAUCAACAACAACCCCAAGAAGCCCAAGUUCAACGUGCUUGUCACCUCAUAUGACUAUAUCCUUCUGGACGCAGACUUCCUCCGCACCAUCAAGUGGCAGGUUCUCGCUGUUGAUGAGGCACACAGGUUGAAGAAUAGGGAGUCGCAGCUUUAUGCAAAGCUAUUAAGCUUCAACAUUCCCUGCAAACUACUAAUCACCGGCACACCUAUUCAGAACAACCUUGCUGAGCUAUCUGCUCUCUUGGACUUUCUCAACCCCGGAAAGGUUCUGAUAGAUGAUGACCUCGAACUACUGGGUAAAGAAGCCGAGGUAAAAGAGGAGGAUCAGGCAAAAGACGAGGAGAAACGCCGUGAAACGCAGGCCAAACUGACACAGCUGCACAAGGCCAUUGCCCCCUUCAUUCUUCGGCGAACAAAGGAGACGGUCGAGUCUGACCUCCCGCCAAAAACCGAGAAGAUCAUUCGUGUAGAACUGUCGGAUGUGCAACUGGAGUAUUACAAGAACAUCUUGACCAGGAACUAUGCCGCUCUCAGCGAUGCUAGCGGAGGCCACAAGGCCUCUUUGCUCAACAUCAUGAUGGAGCUCAAGAAGGUCAGCAAUCACCCUUACAUGUUCCAGGGAGUUGAGGAGAGGGUCUUGGCUGGCAGUACUCGGCGCGAAGAUUCCAUCAAAGGCUUGAUCAAGAGCAGUGGCAAAAUGAUGCUCCUCGACCAGUUGCUUGCAAAGCUCAAGAAAGACAACCACCGCGUUCUCAUAUUUAGCCAAAUGGUCAAGAUGUUGGAUAUUCUCGGUGACUAUCUGCGCGUGCGCGGCUAUCAGUACCAGCGUUUAGACGGUACCAUUCCCGCUGGGCCGCGUCGCAUGGCCAUCAAUCAUUUCAAUGCCCCCGAUAGCGAGGACUUUUGUUUUCUCCUGUCAACUCGAGCUGGUGGUCUUGGUAUCAACCUGAUGACGGCCGACACUGUCAUCAUCUAUGACUCGGACUGGAAUCCUCAAGCAGAUUUGCAGGCUAUGGCGCGAGCCCAUCGAAUCGGACAGAAGAGGCCCGUCAAUGUCUAUCGUUUGGUCGCCAAACAGACGGUUGAGGAAGAGGUGGUCAACCGUGCACGCAACAAGCUGUUCCUGGAGUACCUGACCAUCCAGGCUGGUGUGACGGAUGAGGGCAAGGCGCUGCGUGAGCAAUUCCAGCAGAGAGGACUCAAACUCGACGAGGCCAAGACGGCAGACGACAUCCAGAACAUACUGAAAUUGCGUUCCCAGAACUUGUUCGAGCAAUCUGGCAACCAAGAACGACUCGAGCAGCUAGAUAUCGACUCAAUCCUUGAGCACGCCGAAGUCACCAAGACCAACGUUGACGACAAGAUGAAUCUGAGCAGCGGAGGUAUUGACUGGGACAAUUGGAUGCAUUUCACCGAUGUAAAAGUCGACGACCUGGCUCUUAACUGGGAUGAGAUCAUUCCUGCUGAGCAACUGGCCUCCAUCAAGGCCGAGGAGGAGAAGAAAAAGCAUGAAGAAUAUCUGGCCAAGGCCCAAGAGGAGAACGCUCCCCGCAAAGCGACGCUCAAGGCCAACAGGCGUAAUGGUGGCGGUGGGGACAACGAUUCAGAGAGGGCCGAGCGUCUGGCUAAGAAGCGUCAGCGAGAACGACAGGAGCAGGAGGAGCUGGCAGAACAGCGUGCUCUUAUGUCAGACCCUCGACGUGCCCUGAACGAGAAGGAAACGAGAAACCUGAUCCGCGCCGUGUUCCGCUAUGGCUCGCUGGACGACCGUGAGGAGGAAGUUCUUCAGGAAGCUCGUCUGACUGACCGUGACCCCAAUUACCUUCGAGAAAUUGUCGGUGAUCUGGUUGCCAAGGCCCGUGCGGCUGUGGAGGAGAACAGCCGUAAGCUUCGUGACGAGGAAGAGAAGAGCGGUAAAAUUAUUGCAAAGAAGGACAAGAAGGCUGUUCUUGUCGACUUUGGCGAGGUCAAGAAGGUCAAUGCUGAAACUGUCAUCGACCGGCCGCCUCAGCUUAAACUUCUGAGGAAGAUCAUACUCGAGCAUGGCGACAAUGCUACCUUCAGAUUGCCUGAUGCUUCCAAGGCGGCACACUACAGCUGCGAGUGGGGUCCUCGCGAAGACGGCAUGCUCCUUGUUGGCAUCGACAGGUAUGGGUUUGGUGCGUGGACCCAAAUCCGCGAUGAUCCGGAGCUGAACAUGGAGGGCAAAUUCUUCCUCGAGGAGCACCGAGUAGAAAAGAAGGAAGAACGAAAGCGCGGGGACGACAAGAGCAUCCAAUCUCCCGGCGCUGUCCAUCUUGUCCGUCGUUCCGAAUACCUUCUGUCUGUGUUACUUGCCAAGCAUUCAGACGAUGCAGCGGCCCAGAAAGCAGUAGAGAAUCACCAUCGCAGCAAGAAAAACCUUUUGAUCAAUGGAAAUCGCCGAAGCGAUAUUGGGUCUGCUUCGCCGGCGCCAGCUUCAAAACGUGCCGGACAGGGUAAGGAUCGGAACAGGGAUCGGGCCUUCUCUCUGGGUGACCACCGUGGGCUCAGCAAUGGAGACCGCGGCACCCCUCGGCCGGACAAGCGAAAGCAUGAGAAUGAUCACGACGAACGUGGUCACAAGCACCGCCGAGUGGACGAGCGCCAUGGCAAAGACAAAGAGAAGCGCAAGAAGCUUGAUCCAGAGGCUAUUGAGCGACUCAAAAAGGCACGGGAGAGAUCUGUACAGCGCUUUGAUGAGCUCAUGCGACUUGACGACACAAAGCUCGACUAUGGCAAUUCAGAGCAUCUUAUGUGGUCGCUGCUGAAGCCUGUUCGGAAAAACUUUGAGAAGAUCAUGCACACCACGGCGGAUCGUGUUGAGAAUGCAAAAGAGCGUGCGAGGAUUAUGGGCAAUGAACUUCAACAGAUCGGAAACUGCUUUACAGACAUGAAGGCCAACAACGACAGCAUACCGGCGGAUCAGCUGGAAGCAUUGAUGCCCCGGUUCUGGGACUUCCUGUCGUCGAUUUGGCCAGUUCAUGAGGUUGAAGUUUCUGGUGGGCAAUUAGCAACCAUGUAUAAAACCCUCAAGGAGAAGUCGAAACAGUCCAAGACAGGCGGAGAAGCCUCGUCAGGCUUGAAGCUCAAGAGUCAGAAGCGCCACCGGAUGGACCUCGAAGACGGGGAGAUAGACACGGCGCGCGACUCAUCAUCACGGUACGACGCCGGACGACGUGACCAUCGACGUGAUUUGGACGAUUACUACCGCCGCGGUGACGAUCGCCGUGGCGACCGAGACCGUGAUCGUGACGAGAGGGAUUCGAGACGAAGGUACUAUGAAAACGGAGAUCGCCUUAGCUUUGGCAAAGUGCUGGACCGGCGAGACUCAGGUGACAGGGCGCGAUCCUCAUGGCAUAGCAGCGCACGCAGUCCUCACCGCUGA